UGCAUUCAUUUUCUGUUCCAUUUAGUCCUUUCUAAGGCGGCGGCGGCGACAGCGGCGUACGCUCGGGGCGGGGAGGGGGCGGCCGGAGGAUGCGGCGCGGGACUGCGCUCACCACGCCCGCUGCUGCUGCCCGGCUCCGGCCGGAGCGCCGAACAGGAUCUCAAGUGAUGGUGGUUUACGUGGAGGAUGAGCUGAACCCUGCACAACUGGCUAGCACGGGGGCACUGGUCGCUGUGCCUGCAGGUGGGCGGGCGUGAAGCUUAGGUUCUCAGAGUUUCAACCCAAGAGGAAGCAUGUCCAAAAAAGGCCGGAGCAAGGGCGAGAAGCCCGAGAUGGAGACGGAUGCAGUGCAGAUGGCCAACGAGGAGCUGCGGGCCAAGCUGACCAACAUUCAGAUCGAGUUCCAGCAAGAAAAGAGCAAGGUGGGCAAGCUGCGCGAGCGGCUGCAGGAGGCCAAGCUGGAGCGUGAGCAGGAGCAGCGGCGGCACACGGCUUACAUCUCUGAGCUCAAGGCCAAGCUGCACGAGGAGAAGACCAAGGAGCUGCAGGCCCUGCGCGAGGUGCUCAUCCGGCAGCACGAGCAGGAGGCGGCCCGCACCGCCAAGAUCAAGGAGGGCGAGCUGCAGCGGCUGCAGGCCACACUGAAUGUGCUGCGUGAUGGUGCGGCUGACAAGGUCAAGACGGCGCUGCUGGCUGAGGCUCGUGAGGAGGCGCGCAGGACCUUCGACGGCGAGCGCCAGCGCCUACAGCAGGAGAUCCUGGAGCUCAAGGCCGCGCGCAAGCAGGCAGAGGAGGCGCUCAGCAACUGCAUGCAGGCAGACAAGACCAAGGCGGCAGACCUGCGCGCCGCCUACCAGGCGCACCAGGACGAGGUGCACCGCAUCAAGCGCGAGUGUGAGCGCGACAUCCGCAGGCUGAUGGAUGAGAUCAAAGGCAAAGACCGGGUGAUUCUGGCCCUGGAGAAGGAGCUGGGUGUGCAGGCUGGGCAGGCGCAGAGGUUGCUUCUGCAGAAAGAGGCUUUGGAUGAGCAGCUGGUCCAGGAAGAGGCUGAGCGCCACCACAGCAGUCCAAAGAGGGAGCUCCCUCCUGGCAUCGGGGACAUGGCGGAACUCAUGGGGGGCCAGGAUCAACAUAUGGAUGAGCGAGAUGUGAGGCGAUUUCAACUAAAAAUUGCUGAACUGAAUUCAGUCAUACGGAAGCUGGAAGACAGAAAUACCCUCUUGGCAGAUGAGAGGAAUGAACUGCUGAAACGCUCCCGUGAGACCGAGGUGCAGCUGAAGCCGCUGGUGGAGAAGAACAAGCGGAUGAACAAGAAGAAUGAAGACCUGCUGCAGAGCAUCCAGAGGAUGGAGGAGAAGAUCAAGAACCUCACAAGGGAAAACGUGGAAAUGAGAGAAAAGCUGUCGGCCCAGGCCUCCCUGAAGCGCCACACGUCCCUGAACGACCUCAGCCUGACCAGGGACGAGCAGGAGAUCGAGUUCCUGAGGCUGCAGGUGCUAGAGCAGCAGCAUGUCAUUGACGACCUCUCACUGGAAAGAGAACGGCUGCUGCGUUCCAAGAGGCACCGAGGGAAAAGCCUGAAGCCACCCAAGAAGCAUGUUGUGGAGACAUUUUUUGGAUUUGAUGAGGAGUCCGUGGACUCAGAAACAUUGUCAGAGACCUCCUACAACACAGACAGGACGGACAGGACCCCAGCCACACCCGAGGAGGACUUGGAAGACACCACGACCAGAGAAGAAGCUGACCUACGGUUCUGCCAGCUGACCCGGGAGUACCAGGCCCUGCAGCGGGCCUACGCCCUGCUUCAGGAGCAGGUGGGAGGCACGCUGGACGCUGAGCGGGAAGCCCGGACUCGGGAGCAGCUGCAGGCUGAUCUGCUGAGGUGUCAGGCCAAAAUUGAAGACUUGGAGAAGUUACUGGUUGAGAAGGGACAGGAUUCCACGUGGGUGGAGGAGAAGCAGCUGCUCAUCAGAACAAACCAAGACUUGCUGGAAAAGAUUUACAGGCUGGAAAUGGAGGAGAACCAGCUGAAGAGUGAAAUGCAAGACGCGAAGGACCAGAACGAGCUGUUAGAGUUCAGAGUGCUAGAGCUCGAAGAGAGAGAGCGGAGGUCGCCAGCCUUUAACCUCCAAAUCACCACCUUCCCCGAGAACAACAGCAGCGCCCUCCAGCUGUUCUGUCACCAGGAAGGAGUUAAGGAUGUGAAUGUUUCUGAACUUAUGAAGAAACUAGAUAUCCUUGGCGAUAAUGGGAAUUUGAGAAAUGAAGAACAGGUUGCAAUAAUCCAGGCUGGAACUGUGCUUGCCCUGUGUGAAAAGUGGCUGAAGCAGAUAGAGGGAACAGAGGCAGCCCUGACCCAGAAGAUGCUGGACCUGGAGAAGGAGAAGGACCUGUUCAGCAGGCAGAAGGGCUACCUGGAGGAGGAACUGGACUACAGGAAGCAAGCCCUCGACCAGGCUUACCUGAAAAUCCAGGACCUAGAGGCCACACUGUACAACGCCCUGCAGCAGGAGCCUGGGCGGAGGGCCAGCGAGGCACUGAGCGCCGGCCAGCGCGAGGACCUGCAGGCCGCAGUGGAGAAGGUGCGCCGGCAGAUCCUGAGGCAGAGCCGCGAGUUUGACAGCCAGGUCCUGCGGGAGCGCACGGAGCUCCUGCGGCAAGCCCAGCAGAGAAUCCGGGACUUGGAGGACAAACUUGAGCUUCAGAAGCGGCACUUGAAGGAGCUUGAAGAAAAGCAUUCAUUCUGUGGCCUUGAUGACUUCAGUGAGCCAGGAACUCGGGAUAUAAAAAGAGUUUGUGGAAUAAACUGAGUCCCUACGAUAGCCCCAACCCCACUCAAACCAAAAUUCAAUAGCAGACAAGCUAUUAAAAGCCCAGAGACUGAAAACAGAAUUCACAUGUGCUUGAAAACAGCUUUAAGGCGAGGCCUCUCAACAUGUGGCUGGGUCCCAGUUAGCCUAGGCUGUAAGGACUCUGUGGGACAAGGGGGACCAUGUCAAGCUCAGAGUCACAGCUGGGUCCCAACCAUGGCACCUUCAGGAGCCUGAGAGGCAGAGACCUGGAAGCCAGGAAACCAAGUGCAAUUAGCAGAAACUGAGGGGC